AUGAGCAGUCCCACCACCGGCCGCCAGCGCGGUACUGCCUCUAAAGCGCCCCGGAAAACACCUCGCAACCCCAGCGACGUUAGUCGCAGUGAGAAAGAGAAGCGUCCGCGCGCGUCUAGCGGCGCUACCCAACGAGCAAACACGCACAAGCGCUCGCGAUCUGGAGCGACUUCUACCCUUGACGACGAUGACGAUGAUGACGACGACUUCGAUUCAGAGCACGACAGGAAGGUCAAGAAAGGUCGCGUGCGAUUCAACGAAAACGGUUUCUUUCCUGAAGGUGACAAGAACUGUCUCUUCGGUAUGGACGCACGUACCUGGGCAAAGGACUGGAGAAAGAAGAAGGGAGUGACAAAGCCCGUCAAAGGAGCUGCACCGCCGCCACCGCAGCCCAUCAUCCACACGACCAGUCACUACACAUUCACACCCGGUGUCAACCGACACACAAGCUUCGACAUCGCCAAGAUACCAUACGCGCUGAUCGACUGCGCCGAGGGUGUUCAUCCGUGCAAUUUUCCACAAGGUCUGGACCGCGGUCCCUUUACCGAAGCCCUCUUCCAAGCGCAGUUCAUGAAUCGCUCGAACCUUAUGCUGGCGGAUCUAGAUGCGUUCAUUGCGUAUUGGCUUAUCGAUCGAAAUCUUCAGGCCGGCUACAGCGAUGCGGGGUUUCUGAAGAGGCAUGUGGCGUUGCAUGAGGAAUAUCGGGCUAUGGUGAGGAAGGAUGUGGAGGCUCAUGGCUAUAGGUGGGAGGACUGA